AACAUAGAUUCAAAGCAAAACACACCACAACAGCUAGUGUUUUUAGACUUCUCAGGAGCUGUAAAUGGUAACUUGCAUUUCAGGUGAUGUGAAGACAUUUUGGACACAAUUGGGAGGUAGAAGAGUGGAUGUCAUAUUUGAGCAGCUGCAAAAUGUGCUGUUGUUGCUGAAGGAAAAGAUCAAGAAUGGAACUGCAACAAACCAAGAGUGCUGGCAGGCUUGGGCACUGGUGAAUGAAGCUAAUUUAGGUGAUCUCUUAACCUUGACAAAUGUAAGUGAUGAGUUGAAUGGAGGUGGUGCACAGGAAACCAAACCCAAACUGCAGCCUCUUCUUCCAGAUGACAAUGCUGCAGACACUGUAGAAUUUUCUGACAGCCAAAAAGAGGAUAUGGAAAGAACUUGCUCAGGGAGUAAAGAAGGAUCUGGCAAAAUUCUAGGUUUACCUUUAAAUGUGAAGUAUCAGAGCCACAAGUGUUCUAGUGCAUGUCUUGCCAACAGAGCAGUGGAUUCCUACAAGGGUGAAAAUCCUCUGAAGAUCCCAAUCCUGUUUGACUUUCAAAGACGCCAUGCAAAAGCAGACUGCCUUUCGAAGCCACUGGAUGUGAAUUACAAAGCUCCUUGUGGUCGGAGUCUGAGAAGCUUUCGAGAUGUGCGAAAUUACUUGUUUGAAACAGAGUGCAAGUUCUUAUUUGUUGAUCACUUCUCCUUCAACACAUAUGUGCUGUUGUGCAGGAACACCAUGAAUCCUGAGCCCCUUGUGUUUGAGUUCGAUAUUAGCAAUGGAGCCGAGUCUGUGCCCAUCUCCUUCUAUAACAAUCUCGACCACGCAAGAUUGCCUUAUUUCAAGUAUCGGAAGUCGUCGUGGCCACGUGGAUAUUAUCUCAACAAUCUCUCCAGCCUGUUUGUUGAUUCCUGUGACUGCACAGAUGGCUGCAUUGAUAGGUCAAAAUGUGCAUGCCUACAGCUGACAGCAAGAGGCUGUAGUAAAAUUUCUCUAUCUCCAAGUAGUAAAAGAUCUUGUGGAUACCGUUACAAAAGACUGGAGGGACCUGUUUCUAGUGGGAUUUAUGAGUGUAGUGUGUUGUGCAGAUGUGACAAGCUGAUGUGUCAGAACAGAGUUGUACAGCAUGGCAUUCAAGUCAGGCUGCAAGUGUUCAACACGGAAAAGAAGGGCUGGGGUGUCCGCUGCCUGGAUGACAUCGACAAGGGGACAUUUGUUUGUACUUACUCAGGUAGAUUAAUGAGCAGAGCUGAAGUACUGGGAGAUGCUGAGCAAGAGCUGAAGGAGAAAAGUGCAGUGAAUGAUGGAGGCCAUGACUUUUCUUCCAAAAAAAGAAAACUUGACCUUUAUCGUUCAGACUCAGUGAUUGAACUAGUGCAGACUGACAAAAAUGACAUUCUUGAGAAUCAGGAAUCUUUGUUUCAGUCUGUGAAUAAUGCAAAUAAGUCAACCCUGGUUCAUCUAAAGAACUCAAGUAAUGCAACUAUGAGAAAGCCUGGAACCAAAACACUUGUUUUUCGCAAUCACCAGCUAAAAAUGGUGCACAGUGUCAGCUCAGAUGAAGGUGAUAGUUCUCAGAUUCAUCAAUCAAGCAAAACAAAACUAACCAGUGGAACAAAGAAAGGAAAAGAAAAAUCUACCCAGCAGCAGAAGGAAGAACAUCUGAUGGAAAUUGGACAGACUGGCUAUGCUGGUGUAGAGAGUGCAGGAUGCAGAAGAAGGAGUAUGCUACUGCAGGGUGUUGAUUGUGGCAAGUCCGGUGAGCUGGAUGACACAUGUGAUGUGAGGCCUUCCAACAAUGCACCCCUAAAAGCUGACUGCAAAGAAAGUAGCAGGCAGCCAAAACAAGAUGCACUUUGUGAGGAGUCUGAUAGUGAUGGGAUGCUUUCCAAAAAUGCUAAUGAAGAAAGUAUUUAUGUACUGGAUGCCACAAAAGAAGGAAAUGUGGGUCGUUUUCUAAAUCACAGCUGUUGCCCAAACCUCUUUGCACAAAGUGUGUUUGUAGAAACUCACAACAAAAGUUUUCCAUGGGUGGCAUUCUUCACAAACAGACAUGUGAAAGCUGGAACCGAACUCACAUGGGAUUAUGGUUAUGAAGCUGGAAGCAUGCCAGAGACAGAGAUUUCCUGUCACUGUGGAGUUCAGAAGUGCAGGAAAAAACAGCACUCAGCUGAAUUGCUUUUUGCUUCAUUGAAGAUCUGUCUCUACUCAGAGGGAAUAUGCCUUGGGAUAUCGUCUUUCAGUAUUAACCAGAGCCAUGGCAAAGUGUAUGACAAAACCCACAGUUUUCCUGCUCUAGGUGUUUUCUGGAUAAUGGCGAAGAUGGUGAGAACAACAUGUGCAUUUUGUUCAGAAGGGGAGGCUGGCUCUGUAAUGUAUAUCGCCACAGAGAAAAAUAUUGCAGCUCAUCAGGAUUGUCUGUUAUUUUCCUCAGGAUUUGUGGAAUCUGAAGAUCAUAACCCAGAAAAUCUGGAAAUAAGGUUUGAUGUGUCAUCAGUGUUAAAGGAGCUCAGGAGAGGAAAGCGGCUGGUGUGCAACUUCUGCCGCAAGAAGGGGGCCACGGUGGGCUGCGAGGAGCGCGCGUGCCGCAGGAGCUACCACUUCUUCUGCGCGCUCUGCGAUGAUGCAGCCGUGGAGACUGACGAGGUCAACGGCGUCUACAGAGUGUUCUGCCCAAAACAUGACCCAGGGAAUAGGACCAAUCACUAUGAUGCAGCUAAUAAGAAAAGAAGACGUACAUUGACAUCUCCCACCAUCACAGAAGAAAUGAGUACAGAAGAGACAGCCGAAGAAAACCAUUUACAAACAGUAAAAAGGAAAAACAACAGGCAUAAAGUUCGAAUAGACUUUGUUAGGAAGUGCAAACAAGCUGGGCUUCUGGAUGACAUAUUUGAAGAAAUGCUGGACACACUUCACCUGGCUCAGGAAAAACUGAUGGACGACAACACUUCAGAAACAGAGUAUGAAGAGACAGUGAUGGCACUGUUUGAUUGUGGACUGUUUGAAAAUAUACUGACAAAUAUUUAUUCAGGAACAGAAGAAAAAAUCCAGAAACUUCUGGAAAACAGAAAAAGACUGGAUCACAAGAUUGAGCUACUGCAGGACUUAAAAGAAGCCAUCCUUCCUACUCUAGAGAACACAGCCAGUACAGCCAGUACAUCCAGUACAGUGUCUGAAUAACCUCUCUCUGCAAUGGUGCAAUUGUUAGGAUUUUCUAAUGAUAAAAAACCAGAGCAGUCUGGUCAGUGCCCAAUUCCCUAAGAUGAGGGCUGAAUGGGUGCAAGAAUGUGGUGUUACAUGCCUUUUUAUACCUCACUUUUGCAAUAACUUCCAGUUUUCAAAUUUUCAUCCUCAAGUUUUUGCCUGGUUCCACUAUAAAUUUCCAUUUAUAUUGCACAAUAGAAUAUAAAUGUUAUAAACCAAAUUUAGCUUUUGCAAAAACCCAAGAGAACCCUCCAGGGAAGACUUUUUCUCAAAGCCAAGGGAAUGUUCAGCUGCCACAGAACACUUGCUAAAGUAAUUUAAAACUAUGGGAGCCUGCUCCUGGCUGGGCAGUAGCUGCUUCACUGUCUGUCUAGACAGUGAUGUUUGAAGGAUCAUAGUGCUGCUUUGGUUUUCCAAAAAAAAUGAGCAGAAGUUGCACUCAAAAGAAGUCUUCUGGAUUAUAAAUAGGAAUUUAAUUUAAAAAACCCAAUUACUCUUCUUUAUUGAUGGGUCAAGGUGUACUGUUUCUGCUGCAAUGGCAGUGGUAAAGCAGUGUUUGCAGGCAGACCAGAAAGGGGUGGGCAUUCAGAAAAGAUAAAAUGUCAAAUGGGGCAAAGCAGUGACUGCAUCUUCCUUUAUCCUUUAAGAAAGGGUUCAACUUUCAUGUGUUUUGUCUUUAAAAUAUUGUUUGAAUACAGAAAUGCAUUGUUUAGCCACAACAGGCUAAAUUAAUGAAAUAAAACAUUUUUUAAAGGA